UACAAACUUUACAGCUCUCUUGGCUAGGGUCAGUAAGAUAUUUGCAAAUGGCCUGAUAUUGUAAAGUGUAAAAAUGCUUUCAAAAUACGACACGGAAGUCUGCCGGAAAUACGAAUGUCUGAGUAUAAAUAAAGCUCCAAGAAUUGCAUAGGUUUUCCAGGAACCCCUCAUAGGUUGAGUAAUACAACACUAUCGAAGCAAAUUAUUGUGUUGCAGUUUCGUUUUGAGGCGAGCUAGCCUUGAAAUAGUUUGUGUACAAUACUAUGGCAGGGAUUUCACAGCCAAGUGUUGAUCCUAAGCGAACUGUUGUUGUGUUAAAUGUCCCUUCAAAUAUUGGCGAGGAAGAUCUCACAAUUCACUUUCAGAAAGCAAAACAUGGCGGUGGAGAUGUCGAUGAGGUUGUGGUAAACGAAAAUGUAGCGUUUGUUACUUUUGAUUCAGCAGAAGAUGCAAAAGGCGUCCUUAGGAUUCCUCAACAAACCAUACAAGAUAGCGAGAUUCAUAUUCAGAAUUAUGAAACAUGGUUGACAGAAAAGAAGAAACGGGAGGAUGAAGCAGCUGAGAACAAUGGAGUUAAAACUAUUUACGUGGGUGGAAUUAAAGAAACAACUACAAAAGACUCCGUAUGCUUGUUCUUUGAAAACAAAAGAAGAACUGGUGGAGGGGAAUUAUGUGAAGGCAAUCAAGGGUACAAGAGAAUUUCCCCAACUGUGGCUCGUUUGACGUUUCUUUCCUCUAAAGUUGUCAAAGAGAUACUCCGAAGAUCAAACCAAAAGGGACUUAUACUGGAUGGCAAUCCAUUGAGAGUGACGACGGAGUUUGAACCAACACACGACAGAAGUAUUUUGCUCGUAAAAAACCUCAAUCCAUCGACGACCAAGGAAACACUCAAGGACUGCGUGGAGACCAUGAAAAAUGCCGAUGUCUUCAACGUUAUUCUUGGAGAGGAUGGCAAAGCUAUCGUGAUACUUAAAAGUGAAAUAGGUGACGAUUCUUCAGAAGAUGAAACCUCUUCAAACAGUGAAAAUCUAACCAAGUUAGACGGAUCUGAAAUUUCUCUGGAAUUUGCUCCUUUCACUAAAGGCAUACGAGUCAACAAUAUCCCACAAAAAACAACGCCAGAUUCGAUCAAAUUCAAAUUUUCAAACCCGAACAUCGGUGGUGGCACAGUGACAGACAUUAUGCUAGACAGGAACAAUGGUGUCGCUAACGUUUACUUCGAACAAAAUUCAGUUGUUUCUGCUCUUGUGAAAAAGUCACAUAAAAUUAGCGACGUUUCUUUAACCGUGAUUCCGUACUACGACGAGUUUGAAGAACUACAAAAAGCUAAAGAAGUAAAAAAGUCCGAGUUCUCUGGUGAUUAUCACGUUGAACCUCUUGUCAUGGACUAUAUUUUCAACCACCAGGAUUCUGAAAGAAUAAAGUUCAACUUCAAGUCGAUGAAAUAUGAUGAAGCGAAGUCAACUUUACAUUUUACGAAAGAUUUUGAUGAUUCUAAGCUGGCGACAGAAUUUCAAAAUAAAUUGAAAGAGUUUUUACAUUUGUUUUCCAAAGAGGAAGUGAAAAUUCCGAAAAAUAUUUUAAACAAAGUCAAGGAAACGAUUGAAAGCAAACGCGAUGAAUUUGAUGCUGACGAGGUUGAUUUUAUCUUUGAUAAAUCAAAUGUUUCAUUCGUUGGAAAGAAACAGGACAUUGCAGAAAAGAAACAACUCGUUGAAGCGAUGAUCGAUCAGUUCACAGAAGAUGCAAAUGUUGAAACUGCAGAGAUGGCAGUCGAAGAAAAAUAUAAAUUAAAGUUUUUGAAUUUCAUUGGUUAUUUUGAGCAACUUAAAACAGACUUUCCUGGAUUUACAAUCCAUGGAACAGACAGCCUAUCUGGAAAAUUAUCGCUUGUAGGAAGAGCAGAGAAAUUGAAGGAUAUCCAAUUAAGAAUCCUUCAAGAUUUAAUGAAGAUUUCAGUGAUCGAAGUGUCGUUGAGUGAUCGUCAGAUUGGUUUCUUGAAUUGGACGGACUGUCAGAUUGUUAAUGAUGAGUUACUUAAAGAUGACGCCAUGUUGUUGUUGACUGAUGUCAAAGGCAAGGUCGGGGCAAAAGGCCUACAAGCGAAGAUAUUUUGUUGGAAGAAAGAUAAUAAGGAAAAAAAGCUUUCUGACAUCGUGCAUUUAAAAACAACGGAGAAAUGUGUUAAAGUCGACGAGGAGACAGCAAAGGUUCUGGCAAAGUCAGGAAAACUACAAGAAUUGAAAAAUGAAAAGUUUGAAAAACAGGAGGUGCUGAUAGACCAGGAGCUCAAUAAUCCUUGCAACAUUUGGAUAGUCUGUGAAAAUUCUAAGAUGACGAACGCCGAACAAGAGCUAACAAGUUUAACUGAUGAAAAGAAAAUCUCCAGCCAAACAUUUAAACCUAUGGAUCGAAUGAAAGUUCGUUUCCUGGAUGAGCAUUGCCUUUCUGAGAUUAAACAGGAAGAGAGAAGUUUGGAAAAAGAAGGCGUUGUUGUUAAAAAAACCGACUCUGAUUCGCUCGAAGUAACAGGAACUCCUGCGGGUCGAAAGCAGAUGAUACUGUUUCUCGAAAAACAGGCUGGAAACAUUGAUUGCAAAGCAUAUCCUCUCAACGAACCAGGUAUGAAAAAACAAAUGAAUUCAGAGACAACAGACGCCAUUAUCUCUAGAGUUGAGAGGGACUACAGGUGUGUUAUUGAACGAGAAAGCCAGUCAGAGGAGGCUGACGUGAAGCUUGAAGAAGCACCUGUGGUAGCAGACGGGAUGGUCGCAGGAGCUAGUGCAGCUGGUGGUGCAACAACAAUGGCGCUUCCCUAUCGUUUAAUGUCUUUUGUCAAUGACAAGGAAGUGAAGAUGGUCUCGGGAGAAAGAAUAUCGAUCGUUGUUGGUGACUUAGCACAGCAAAAGGUCGACGUAAUUGUAAAUACAACCAAUGAUAAAGUAGAUUUAACUGCGAACCCUUGUGGCAAGGCUUUACUUAAGGUGGCUGGUAACGGACUGUCGACGGAAUGUCAGAAGAUUGGAAGUCUACAGGCGGGAGAAAUGGCGUCAACUGGACCAGCAAAGCUUAACUGUAAAAGCGUGUUUCAUGUUCGUUCAUCUCACUAUGAGAACGGGAAAGGUGUUGGGACGCUUCGUGAUAUCAUCAAGAGAUGUUUGGAUAAAAUGGAAAAAGACAAAUUAACAUCCAUAGCGAUACCAGCCAUUGGUACAGGAAAUUUAAAGUUCCCCCGCCCAGAAGUCGCGAAAAUCUUUUUCGAAGAAGUGACAGGCUACUUCACUCUGCAUCCUAAUUCAGGGAUCAACGACGUUCGUUUUGUGGCGUACAAUAAAGACAAAGCAACUGUGGAUGCAUUUCUAGCUGCCGUUCAAGAAAUCAAGACCUCGAUUCUUUCCUCUCCCGCUAAACCCAUGCCAGUUCCAAGACGUCUUAAAACGCCUUCAGUGAAAGAUAAACCAACACACGUACCAGCUGGUCUAAGCAGUGUCACUGCCGGUGAAAAACCAGACGGAACAUUGGAGUUCUCUUUCGGAAGUAAAAAUCUCGCAGUUGAAAUUGUUUGCGCUGACAUCAGCAAAGAAACGACAGACCUCAUCAUGCACGUGACCAACGAAGAAUUCUCCUUCCAGGGAGGGGUGGGUAAAGCACUGAUACGAGCAGGGGGUGAUAACAUCGUUCAAGAAGCCAAGGCUCUGGGGAAACCAGCCCUCUUUUCCACGCAGUACACAAAAGCGGGAAAGUUAGCUGUCAACCAAAUCGCACACGUGAUCGGGACAGGCCAGCCUUCCCAAACAGAGCUGAAAAAAUGUCUUGAUAAUUUUUUCAACGAUGUUUCAAAGAAAAAUAUCGCCAAAAUCUCGUUCUCUGCUAUCGGAGCAGGCGCCAUGGGGUUCACUGAGAGUCAGUCCGCUGAAUUGAUCUUUGAUAAUUUGUCCUGGAUUUCCGAGUCAAAGGACAGUAAUUUGAGUUUAGUUCGUAUUGUGAUUUUCGAUAAACCAAAGUUUAUAAAAUUCAAAGAUGCAGCCAAAGCCUAUUUUGCUUCUGGUGGCGCCACUGGUUCGAAAGCUGAACCAGUGAAAUCAUCGUUUGCUCCAAAAACGCGUUUUAACGUCUUCGGUCGUUCGAAGAAAUUCCUAAAGCCCACAGGAGGGAAAGACGGAGGUGUGUCAAUCAAGAUCUACUCCGAUGACCGUGGGAAGCUUGACAAGGCCUGGGGUGAAUUGAAAAAAAAAAUGAACGAAAAUAUCCAGGAGCGACUGGUGAAUGAUGAUGUCAUCAAGAAGUUUACUGAUGGCCAUGUGGAGAAGUUGCGGGAAUUGGAACGGAAUUUGGACGUGAAAAUCAAAGUGGAAGCAAGCAAGGGAAAGAUAACCAUCAAAGGUCAUAUUUCAGAUGUCUCAACCGUCCAAGAAGAGAUCCAUAAAUUGUUAAAAGAAAUCAACGAAAAAGAAGACAAUGUUCCAGACACCUGGGAUAACUCACCAGAUGAAGGCGUGUUUCACAAAGUCAAAUUGUCGACCGGUAAUAAAGAAUACAAGGACAUUGAAACUGCCUUCAGAAAAACUGCUCCUAAUCCAAUCGUCUGCAUCGAAAGAAUACAAAAUAGAAAAAUUUAUGAGCUGUACAACGUGAAACGCAAAGCAAUGAUGAAGAAAUUUGGAAACAAUUUCCCUGGCAAAGAAUUGAUGCUGUUUCAUGGCACGUCUGCAGAAAAUAUUAGUAAAAUUAAUUCUGGUGGAUUAAACAGGAGUUAUGCUGGGAUGCAUGCCAUUGCUUGUGGUAGAGGCGUGUACUUUGCCAGAGACGCCAGUUAUUCCUGCAAUAGGACCUACUCACCCCCAGACUCCCAAGGACUUCGUUACAUGUAUUACGCGAAAGUUCUGGUCGGAGAUUACACAACUGGGGACCCGAGUAUGAUAGUUGCUCCUCCCAAAAAUACACUGGAUCCAAACGAGACCUUUGACUCAGUGGUGGACAAUCCGGCAAACCCAAGCAUGUAUAUUCUGUUUCAAGAUUAUGAAUAUUAUACUGAGUAUCUCAUCACGUUCAGAUAACUUCACUGCAUUUUAAUAAUCAAUUCAUGUAAGUAAUUUAUCCUACGACAAGGCAAAGUAUAGGAUCAAGUAGUCCAAAUGUCAAAAUAGAUUCAAAGGAACAUUUAUAAUUGUAAUCGUAUAGCCGUUGAGAAUUCAUGAAACUGAAAGCCUUGAACUAUAUAUAUUAAUUUGAAAUUGGUUUAAUAAAGUUAUGAUAUAAUAUACAUGCAUCAUCUUCUGUCCCAAAGAA